AUGAUUCGGGAACAAAAAUCACUCACAGCCACUCGGCGGGAUCUUCCACCCUCCAAGAGGCAAGAAAACAAUAAUCCCAGUGCCUAUAAGAAUCAUGUUGCCCUCAGUCAAGACCAUAAAAAUACGAUGAGUGCCAGUCACGCCCAAUUCACGUCUAAUCCGUUCGGCGAAUAUAAAGAUGAUGAUACUACUAGUGAAUCUACAGAAUUUUUGCCCUCGCCAAGCUUUGAUGUUCUUCAGAGUAGCAUUGCGUCUGCGUCUAAAAACUUCACCAUAUCUCAUCAGAGAAAAGAGCAUUUAAAUCCCGUCCACAAAAACACUGGGUGCAAAAAAUUAGGAGAAGCUUCAGAGAUGGUGAUGCUAGAGGUACAGCAAAAUUCGACUGUAUCUCAAAGAUCUUCUCGCUCAAAAACGACCAAACCAUCAUCGAACUUUCGGCGACCAGAUUCGCCUGUUCAGCAAGGAAUUUCAGUAGCUGUAAUACCAAAAGAUCUUGGGCCAAACGAAACUUCUACUGUCCCUUUCGCCUCGCGUAACAGACGUCAAAGCCAACAUAUCACUACAGCUGCAAGUUUGAACUCCACUGUGAAGCCUCGUAAAUCUUCGAAUGGAACUGGUGCCCCAGAACUAGAUCUGACCAAGUCUCUACGAAGGAGACGUCCUAGUAGAAAUUCAAAUCCCAAAGAUCAGUCGGACCCUAUUAGUGUGUCAUCAAACAUGACCGAUGGCGCACAGAUGAACGACGCUACCCGUAGUAUGACGGCUAUUAGAGUUGACAGGAUAAGAUCACUUCAGCCCCUAUCAAAGAAUAGGCAAUCCAAUUUGCCCGGUUCUGAGAAUUCUGAAAGCCACCGUGUUUCGCUUAUAUCCACAAAGCCCCACUGCCGACCCACUGAAAAAGUAUCCUCAGUGCCUUCACGAAAGCGUUUAUCUGUAAUUCCAGGUAUGCUGUCACAGUCACAUUUGACUGGGCUCGGAGCAAGGACCAUAAGCCCAACUGACGCUAGAAGAGCUAAAAGACUUUCAUGUCUUCAAGGUCCAUUGUCAUCAAACACUCCUCCAACUCCACAAUCCGACUCGGGUACAACUAAGAGAUACUCCAAAUCACCAUCUAUGCUGCCAACUAAAGCGUACACGCCUUCUUCUCCUCGUGCAUCUCCUGAAAUCAACAGGAAAUCCUACAGUUCCGGCCAAUCCAAUACAUCUGCAAACAGUUACAAUGCAUCUAGAGAGUCUGCGAUUUCUUUGCAAACUCGCUCAUCUCAGUUGUCUUUUUCGUCUCGAUUGCCAACUCCAAAACCCCGAAACUCGCAAAAUUCUCUAGGGAAUGAACAGGAGGACGAAGAAAUCGUUCCACCUGUCCCUGCAAUUCCAAAGGCAUAUGAAUCACCAAAAUCGUAUACACUUGACCUCCCACAGUACACAAAGAGAAAAUCUAGUUUACCCUUUGAGUCAGGUUUGAUGAGUAGUACUUCUGAGAAUCCAACAGGACGAGCGUCUUUAAGGGAUCUACCGAAAGGGUUCAAAGAGAAAAAUGCGAGGAGAUCUAGGCUUCCUGACUUUCAGUCUAGCUCUGAUUUUAGCCCUGUUCUCAAGAAGACGCUUCAACCGCUUAGACUACCUCCAUUCAACCUUCGUCCCCUGAGCACUGCAACGACGAUAAAAUUUGAGGCUUCUGAUGGGCCAGUUAUUGAGGAAGAAAAGAAAAAUAAAGCAUUAAAGCGGUUGCCAGCCACUCCGAGCAGUCCAAUGACGGCCUCCAAGGCAUCUUUUCCAAGGAAUAAAGAUAUAGACGAAAAGUCUUCAAAAGUCAAAAACCAGUCUCGAAGCAACAGUGCAGCCCAUUUCAUUCGCUCAGUACCUAAGGCAAGCCUAUCUGAUCCUUCACGGACUAAAGAACAGCAACUAGAACCGACUAGAACCACAUCACCAUCAAUAGCCUCGUCCACGCUUGUGCAAACUGAAAUUCCAGCCCUACCACUACACUUAAAGCUCACCGAAGAUGCCAAGAUUUCCAAAAGGAUAGAAAAGCAGCCCCUAUCUCAGAAGUUCCAUAGUCCUCGUGUCCUUAACUUGAGUGUCAAGGCCAAUGUAAGGGAGACUCCACCUGUGUCUAUUUCAAGUUCGGAAGAACCUCAAACACCCUUAUCAGCUUCAUUGAGAAGAAGAAUAAGCCGAGGAUGGAAAAGAAAUAACUCGAAAAGUAGCAUCAGUCACGCUAUCGGUGAACGUGAAUUAGAGAAAUCUUUUAAGCUUCCAGACCACAAAAACACAUCGCCGCCCCGUUUACCUACCUCAAGCACAGUAACUAACCUCAGUAGUGGAAAGGUCCCAAGUCCAAGUCUCUCUGUCAAGUCUACAACAUACCUUGAUUUUAAACGGAGAAAAAGUUCUGUAUCUAGCAUGAGUAUGUUUGGUGGUAAUGGUGGCUACCAUGAUCGAACGAGGAGUGAUAGCUGGGACACCAAAAAUGCCGCAAAUAAGAACUCGAAACCCAAAGCUGACCGUUUAGCUCAGUCAGUUCGCACGACCUCGGUGAUGCAGAAAAUGCUCAGCCAUAAGAGUUCAAAUAACUCAGCGCGAGUGGUUGAUCAGUGGACUGUAGAUCUCGAUAGAGAUGAUCUCAUUGCCGAAGAUGAAAUUAAAAGACUCGCUAUGAAGAGAAAAGACACUGAAAGUGCUGCGCGUCACCUUAAUGCUCUUCGAAAGCGAGCCAUCGCCAAGGAGUCAAUUACUCCUCAGGAAGCAAUCAAACAUGCCUGUUUGAAUAUUUUUGAACGGGGAGAAGUCAUGGACUACAAGGAGGUCUAUUUCUGUGGUACACCCGACGCAAAUAAGCAUGUCGGUGAACUAUCCGUAAAUACUGUGAACUUUGGAUAUGAUGACGAGCGAGGUGACUACAGUAUUAUACCUGGUGAUCAUCUUUCGUAUCGAUACGAAAUUAUCGACCUACUUGGAAAGGGAAGUUUUGGCCAAGUUGUCAGGUGUAUUGAUCACAAAACUGGUGUUCUUGUUGCGGUGAAAAUAAUCAGAAACAAAAAGAGAUUUCAUCAGCAGGCUCUAGUUGAAGUUAAUAUUCUACAAAAAAUUCGAGAAUGGGAUUCCAAUUGUGAAUUCAGUAUGGUAACUUUCACUCAGAGCUUUUACUUUAGAGGACAUCUAUGCAUAUCUACUGAACUUCUCGACAUGAACCUGUAUGAGCUCAUAAAGUCAAAUUCAUUCCGUGGUUUUUCACUAAAAAUCGUUCGUCGUUUCACGAAGCAGAUUCUAAAUAGUCUGCUGUUACUUCAAAAGCAUAAGGUCAUUCAUUGUGAUCUCAAACCUGAAAAUGUUCUACUCGCACAUCCUUUGCACUCAGAAAUUAAAGUCAUCGACUUUGGCUCUAGUUGCUUCGAAAACGAAAAAGUCUACACUUACAUACAGUCUCGAUUUUAUCGGUCUCCGGAGGUAAUUCUUGGCAUGACUUAUGGAAUGCCAAUAGACAUGUGGAGUCUGGGCUGUAUAAUGGCAGAACUUUACAGUGGUGUGCCUAUAUUUCCUGGAGAAAAUGAACAAGAGCAGCUUGCUUACAUCAUGGAGGUCUUUGGUCCUCCUGAUAAACAUUUGAUUGAGAAAUCCACUCGUCGGAAGCUAUUCUUUGACUCACUCGGCAAACCACGCCUUACCGUCUCAUCAAAAGGUCGAAGACGUCGUCCUUCGUCAAAAACUCUCCAACAAGUACUAAAGUGCGACGAUCACAUAUUUUUAGACUUUUUGUCGGAAUGUCUAAAGUGGGAUCCCGAAUCUCGUAUGAAGCCAAAUGAUGCUAUACAACAUUUGUUUAUAACCGGUCCAAAACCCUUUCCGACAGCUAAUCCCACUCGUAUUAGUAUGUCAAAAAAUGAGAUGUCAGUCAAAAGACACAACACAGUUGCAGCCGCUACAUCUAACCGGCCACUUCCUGAAACUCCAACGACCAAUUCCAAAAACAGAAUAACCAAUAGAGAUCAAGAUAUCUCUGGCUCAUCAAAGUCCAAUAUUGUGGCAAAUAGUCAUGGACUUAGGAACCAGUCUCUGGUAAAUGGAAGUAGUUUACCCAGAGCUUCCAGAAAUACAAGUGGAAAGAUUGAAUCUCCCAACAGUAAUUCCGGUAAUAUUAUUCGAGAAUAA